UACUGUAAUGUCUUGUAUUUUAAAUGGUAAUGCAAUGUAUUCUGUCUUGUAUUGUAAUACAGUGUAUCCUAAUGUCUUGUAUUGUAAUGCAGUGUAUCCUAAUAUCUUAGCUUGUGUAUCUGUUGUGGUUCUCCAAUCCGUUGUUUUAAUUGUGUCUUUUCUGUUUCAAUUCGUUAUUAUUUUUCUUACUGGUACUUAUUUUAUGUUUGUCUACUUUCUUUCUGUCCUUUUUGUUACUCUACCUUCUACUAUCUCUCCUCACUUCUCUCCAUCCUCUUAAGGAGAUUUCAAGUGUCCCAGACAGCGUCCCUUGUGAUAUUAAGCACAUGACUGUCCUUUGUCCAGCGACCAAACCUCCUUGUUUGAAAGCCGACAAACGGUCAGUUGUGGUUGUUGAACCUGACCAUGAUUUUGCCUACAGCCUCGACCUUAUGGGGGAUUACACUCUCAAAGUCAGUGACCACUACAAAGAACCAUCGCCAUUCUGGUUUGAGGCUGGUCGGACUACAUGCAGGACUUGCGUACAGGUCAAACCAGCAAAUCUGGACACAGUGUGUACGACUGACCAACGACCUUCCCUGAACAAGUCACUGGAUACGACCUGCUGGCAUCCUCAACAGUUCACUCCCGAGACUGACAUUGGAAUUGUGUUAGAUACGACCCAGGACGAUGAAGAGUUGGACAGUAUUAUGAACAAUAAGCGUGGUUACACGUAUAUCAACAACAGCAGACACAGGGGCCUAAAGAGACGAAUCGCUUAUGACGACGAGGAAGAAGUUCCUAUCCCUUGCAAAAGGCCAAGAAGUUGUUGAUCCGCCGACAAUGUUUCUGACAAUAUUGGACGGAAUAGAGACUUUUUUUAAUUUUAAGGAAACAUGGGCGAAGGGAAUGGCAAUAUCGUUAAAGGCGUUGUCGGACAAAUUUGUGCUUGUCCACACAGAUUAUACCCAGUUGUCAGAUUCAAGUGUAUAUGUUUAUUGCAAAGUUCUGUCAACUCUUUAUCUAUUGGCCAACAUGUCUGUCUGUCCGCAUGUUUGUUUUGACCUGUCUGCAUGUUUGUCUGUCUGUCUUCAUGUGUGUCUGUCUGUCCGCAGGUUUGUUUUGACCUGUCUGCAUGUUUGUCUGUCUGUCCUCAUGUGUGUGUGUCUGUCCGCAUGUUUGUCUAUAUUUAAGUGCAUGUCCAAGGAAGAAGCUUACCACAGUACUUGGUGGUUGUUGACACUCAGAGUGGUACGUACAUCAUUUUGACUGUCAGAACGUUUGCCAUUUGACUAAAGCUCUUUCUUAUCUGUUGCGCAUGGCUGAUAUUUUUGUCGGUCUGUUUGUCUGCAUGUUUGUCCGUGUCUCUAAUAGUACCACAGUACCUUGGUGUGGUGACGUUCAGGGUGAUAUUUGUUGACCUCUUACUACAGCUCUCUCUCUCUCUCUCUCUCUCUCUCUCUCUCUCUCUCUCUCUCUCUCUCUCAUCUGUUACGCUUGUCCGAAAUACCGAUGCAAUAACGCACGCAGUGUGUUGUACUCGGUAUAAUCUUCGUAGGUUAAAUGUCAUCAUGUAACUUUUAUAAGUUUAUAAUGGUGUGUAAGUGUAUACUUGGCAUGUAAGUGUAUAUCUGGCUGCAAUGUAAUAUUCGAUGUGUCAGUUGAUAUCUCAAGUUUAUAUUUUGUGUAUAUAUUUAUAGCUGGCGUGUAAAUUCAUAUUUGGUGUGUAAGUUCAUAUUUGGUGUGUAAGGGUUUAUCUGGCGUGUACGUUUAUAUUUGGUGUGGAAGGGUUUAUCUGGCGUGAGUGUUUAUAUUUAUAGUUAAUAGGUUUUUUUAGGUUUUUUUUUAUAUUUUUUAUUACCGAUCUGCUGUGCAGAUCUUAUUAUAGUAUAGUCAUAUCAAUUAAAA